GUUGGUGCAAAAGGGAGAAGUGCAGUUGCUGUGUAGUUGUCGAAGGAGAAGCACUUCUAAACAUUUCAUAACCAUGGAGCUUUUUGAAACAAGUCCUUAUUUCUUCCCCGACCAAAGAUUUUACGACAAUGAAAAUUAUUUCAAUGCCAGACUCCCCACUUAUGAACAAAGUGGGUUUCAAGAUCGUGGAGCGAUGGGGAUUUGCACUGAUGGAGUUUUAUUGCAGGGAUCAGGCAUUGAAGAGAAGGUUUCACCCCAUUCCAGUCUAAGUCAAUCUGACCAUUGCCCUGGUCAGUGUUUGCCAUGGGCCUGCAAGAUGUGCAAACGGAAGACGGUUUCUAUGGACAGAAGAAGGGCGGCUACACUUCGAGAAAAACGCAGAUUAAAGAAAGUAAAUGAAGCCUUUGAAGCCCUAAAAAGAAGCACUUUGUUAAACCCCAACCAGAGGCUGCCCAAGGUUGAAAUUUUGAGGAGCGCUAUCCAGUAUAUCGAACGACUGCAAGCUCUUCUGGCAUCUCUUAACCAGCAGGAGAGGGACCAGAGGGAUUUACUGUACAUUAGUAGUGGAUCACAGAGGGUGGUAUCGAGUGAAUGUGGAUCAACUGCUUCAUCUUGCAGUCCAGAAUGGAAUGAGUCUGACUUUAGUAGCGGCCAAAGUGAUCACCUCUUAAGUGAUGAUUCUUCGGAGCAACGUGACAUGAAUUCCUUAUCCUCAAUUGUAGAGAGCAUCGCAUCCGGAGAAGUGUCAAUCAGCUUUCCUGAGCAACAUAUCCAGAAUUAAUCAACUGUUACGAAUAUGAAUUGUUUUGGACCUUCUUAUCAUGGACCUAGAUUUGCUUGGUAGUGCUAUUGUGUAAGAAGCCGAAUGACUCCAAAGCAAACCUUAAAACAAUAUUCAUUUUAUAGAACUAUAUAAUGUCCAUUGGCACAAAUAUGGGAUUUUAGGAAUGACAGGGCUUAUAAAAUAUUAGUCUACAUGUUUUAUAACAUCAUGAUUUUUUAUUCUUUGUUUACCCAGGAUUAACAAACCAUAUUGCAACAUUGCUCUAUUAAGGCAUAACUAUUUAAUUAAAUUAUUAAACUUAAUAUAAAAUUAUGACAAUUACUAAACUUAAAUUAAAUUAACUUAAAAGAGUAAAUUUCUAUGUAAAUUGCAACCCAGGUUAUUAUUUAUUCCUAACUUAAAAAUAUUUUAUAAAAUAAACUAUGCAGUAAGGUUUAAAGUAAAUAUGGGAGUUUCGACCAUAUCAUGAUAUUGCAAGUCAUCCAGUAGCUGGUUUGGUUUAAUGCAUGUUAAAGAUCAGUGGAGAAAAUAAAAAUUUGACGGCACAAGUCCGAAGCAUUAAUCACAGACACAUAUGAUUAACCCAAACCAGAUCUGUGACUGGGUAUACAUUGAUCAGAUCCUGUUUCAGAAUGAUAUAGAUUUUGCUAAUAUUCAGUGCACACAAGUUCAGCAUAAAAUGUAUUGGUUUUCACACCCUUCUAAAAAAAAAACUUCAGAAAAAUUCCAUUGCUUGGUAUGAAAUGUUUAAUAUAUUUUCAUAGCCACUUUUUAUUAAAUUAGUGUGGUUUUUAAAAAAACAAAAACAAGUUUUUUUUUUAUUCACAUGGGGCCAAUGUUGCUUUUUUAAUUUUCUAUUUUUCUUAUUGUAGCAUUGUUUGACCAAUUUUAUUUUGAGACAGGAUUUGGUGGCGUUUUUCUAUUAUGUGUGUGGGUUUGCUAUUUUUAUU